AUGAACUCCGACCAUCUUGCUCGUCGCCCCCAGCUGUUUUCCUCAAAUCUGUGGUCGCCGCAGUCCUCUGACGCCCUCUACGACAAUUCAUCUUUCUCCCUCGACCUGUCGCCCGAUCUGGCUGCUCUGCCCGCCCUCGACAUGUCCGGGUCCCAGAUGCCGCCGCUUCACGACGCCUACUCCCUCAAUCGCCACCACUAUCCGCCCACGCCCUCUGAUAAAAACCUCACGCUGCAGGGCCAUGGCCAGACAACACGUCUUCCACCGCAGCAGCAGCAGAAUCCUCCUCCCGCGAGCUGGCACGCGGAGCCGACUGACGAUGCUAUUGAGCUCGCCGCCUACGACGCCGACAUGGGCCUCACUGCUAUGGGCGCCAUCGGCCAGGCCUACACGACUGACGAACACGCGCCUCUCGUCGAUAUGAAAUACUUCACCUCCGGCCUCGACUUUGACGCCGCCAAUCUCGGCUUCUCCCUUCAAUCACGACGAAUGUCUGGCUCCUCCUUUACGAUGUCAACGACGACUGAUCCGCUCCUUGACUUCCACGCCUACGAAGAAAUCUCCAACUCUGUCUCCGACCCGCCCUCUUUCUCCAAUCGCAAUUCUCUCCUCUCUACCUCCCAACUCUCGCCCGUUGCCUCGCCCCGCCUUACGCCACAGCACCGCUCCGAUCUCACCUGGACUCAAAGCCGUGGCCGUGCUUCUCCCUCGCCGCGCCCGAGCAUGCGUUCUGUGCCCUACAACAUGGAUAGCAGCCGGAACAAGCGGUGGUCUACUGGCUCUUACGCGCCGAGCGCGGCGCGCUGCGCCCCGCCUUAUGUCCACCAUCCGACCCACGACAUAUUUCCUCCCCACGCCUCAUCUCUCUCCUCCCGUCACUCCUCGCCUAUACUCCCCAAUUCCCUCCAUUUGGCUGAUCUACACUCACACUCGCUCCUCCCUGCCGCUACCAACUCGGCCAGCCUCCACUCUAAUCACUUCCUCGUCUCCUCCCAACCAUACCAGGAGUCCAUCCAUUUCGACAGCCCUGCCCCACCACUUCCCAACGGUCUCUUUCGCAUGUUACAGAGCAACGCCGAUUCCUGCGCCCUCCACCCGCACUAUCCUGAUUUCUCCGACCCGCCCGACCUCUUUGCAUCGCUCCACGAUGAGCAUGUACCACCGCCGCCGCAGGAUAUGACACCGGACGACCCAGAGCUCAUUCCACAUGAGCAGGAGCUGCGAUUUGACGGUGACCUCUAUACUCCGCGAUGGGUGCGCGGCCACGGCAACAAGCGCGAAGGCUGGUGUGGCAUUUGCAAGCCAGGACGCUGGCUCAUCCUAAAGAAUAGUGCCUAUUGGUAUGACAAGAGCUUCACCCACGGCAUCUCUGCCGCCACCGGCAGUCCUUUCCAAGAACCGCAGGAAACUCGGCGUACCGACGGGAAUCCUGACGUAUGGGAAGGUUUUUGCGGCAGCUGCAGCGAGUGGGUAGCGCUCGUCUCGAGUAAGAAGAAAGGCACAACUUGGUUCCGCCACGCCUAUAAGUGCCACACACACCCCAAGAUCAAGGAUGCGCCGAAAAGGCGGCGCGAGAGUCUGGUAAGUCCACCCCGCACCAUGCCCGUACUGCCACCAACACCUCCUCUUCCUCCGUCUCCUCUUCCUCCUCCUCUUCGACCCCUGCCAAAUCCAGAGGGGACCCCUCGUCGCGCUACAACAGUCAACCCUGAGUCCCACUACGAGCAUCGCCACCAUCCAGCCGGUGUCGCACUCAAGCCGGGAGAGUCGUGCGUCUUGGGCCCUGCCACUUCGAAGCGAGGACCAAUACAUAUAAGCGACCCACCGCCGUCAUCUAAUUGGCCUGCGGUGUCCAACCCCGCCCCUGCCCGCUAUGACGCAGAAUUCUCCUUUGUUUUUGUUUUUUCCGCCGCGACAUGA